UUAGACCGGCUUUGCUGACAACCUGCCACCACUUCCCAGUACAACGCUGUAGUCCUCCGUAGUGCAGCGAGUUUCGGUGGUAAUUCAAGAACCCAUCACAGCCGAUCAGAGCCACCUCUGCUCCCUAUAGUCGUAGCGUCGAGGAAAUACUCUAAAUAUAUAUAUUAGUAUAUUAUACUGUCAGAGAGAACCGUGUCGGGAGACAGAGACUGCAGCAGGUCUCCUUUCUCAGAUCUCAUGGCUCCAUUUCUGCUCCUGUUGAUCCUCCUGUCUGAAGCAGCUUCUGGCCUGAUUGUGGUAACAGUGGACCCUGGAGAUGAUGUCAUUCUGCCAUGUCGGGUUGCUGGUUCCUCCAUCAGAGUCUUGGAGUGGACCAGACCUGACCUGAAGCCAGAUAUCGUCCUCUUAUACAGAGGUGGACACUUGACUCCAGAAGAACAGAAUCCAUCCUUUAAGGACAGGGUGGAGCUGGUGGACAGAGAUCUGAAGGACGGAGACGUGUCUUUAAUUCUGAAGAAUGUGAGCAGACACGAUGCUGGAACAUACAAGUGUCGAGUUAAACCAGCUGAUACUAACCAAAUCACACUCAUCAGAACCAUCCGUCUGCAGGUUCCAGACCUGGUUGUGGUACCAGUGCCUGGAGAUGAUGUCAUUCUGCCAUGUCAGGCUGCUGGUUCCUCCAUCAGAGCUGUAGAGUGGACCAGACCUGACCUGGAACCAGAGUACGUCCUCUUGUACAGAGAUGGACACCUGGAGACAGACCACCAGCAUCCAUCCUUUAAGGACAGGGUGGAGCUGGUGGACAGAGAUCUGAAGGACGGAGACGUGUCUUUAAUUCUGAAGAAUGUGAGCAGCAUCGACAACGGGACAUACGAGUGUCGAGUUAAACCAGCUGGUUCAAGACGGAAAAAGAGAGCCAUCAUCAACUCUGAGCCAAUCAGAAUCAUCCGUCUGCAGGUUAGAGACCCAGCAGGUCCUGAGGAUAGAAACUCCUCUCCUGUAGUCCUCAUCGUUGGACUGGUAGCAGGUGUUCUGGUUCUUGUAGCUGCUGCAGUGGUUGGUGUCCUGAUGUAUAGAAGACAUAAGGACAAGAGAUCAGGACAACCUGCUGCUGCUGAUGAAGCAUCAGCCGAUACUCUCGUCUGACAACUCCCGGAGCUCUUGACACCUGACUGCUUUCUCAGGUGCUGUAUAUUAGAUUAGAUUCAACUUUAUUGUCGUUGUCCUCAAGUACAAAGACAACGAAAUGCAGUGUGUGUCC